UGAAGAUAUAAAGAAAAAUAUUCUGAGGAUUACGGGGUUGCGUUGGAAAGAUUUCAAGACAAGAUUGGUGCGGGACUUCAUCAACAAAAAGCAUCAUAACUAUAACUCUCCCAUUGAGUUAUAUACUUUCUUGGAUGAAGAAAAAUGCAACAUAUUUCUAGAAAAUCAUAAAACUGAGGAGUUCCAAGUAAACUUAAUAAUCAUGUUUUAUUAGUUUUAAUGCUUUAUUACUAUUAACAUGCUAUUAUUUAAAACCAAAUUGUAUUUUAGGCCAUAAGUCAGAAGUAUAGGGAGUUAUAAGCUCGAAAUGAGCAUCCUCACUACUUAGGGUCCAGAGGUUAUAUUGGAAAGCAGUCUGAGUGGAUGUUGUCUGACCCAUUGUCUUCACAAUCUUCUUGCGCUUCUAUUACAUCGAAAAUAGCAGCAAGUGAUCGUAGCUUGGAUUGGGUUCGAGUGUGGUCUAAAAAGUCUGAAGAUGGAAGUUAUUACAUUCCUAACGAAAAAACAAUGGGAGUGUUUGGUAAAAUUAUCGAGAAGUGUGAAGAGAUGUCUCAAGGAUCAUUCCAACCAGCCCGUCAAAAUGAUAUAUUAUCAGCAGCUCUAGGCACCAAUGAGCACGGUGGCUAUGUGAGAGGCGUUGGAGUGCAUAGCAAGAAUCGGGAUGUGUUUGGUAUGCCUAGCCGUGGAAAAUCAUCUUGGGGUGUUUCAGGUGUUGAUCUUGAGGCUAUGGAGAAAAAUCUUUAUGAAAAAUUGGCUGACAAAAUAAGAAGAGAAACAAGGGAAGAAAUGGAGGAAAAGUUUAAGGAUAUGCAAUCUCAGCUUCAAUCUUUUAUGAAGAAUGCACAAGCUAGUCCAAGGGUAGGCACACCGUUUUGGAGUAGUUGUCAGUCUGUUGAUCCAGUGAACGAGUUUAAGUUACAACCCACGAUUGUUUCUGAAGAUGUGUUGGAGCACUUGGGAGAUGAAUCCAAGAAGAUGGUUUCAUAUCUAAGACACUUGCCAGCUAAUUUGGACAAUGUUGAGAUGGAGAUAGAGGACGUGGGGGAAAUAUUCCAUCAUUCAAAUAUGGCUGGUGUCGUGAUGUUUGACGACAUUAAAGACUUGCUGACAAUGCAAUGGCUCGAUGUGUCCAUAAUACAAGUCUUUAUAGUAUGUCUUUAUCGGCUAUGCAAAAAAAUUGGAGUGCCAUCAAUUGGAUUUGUAUGCCCAAGGAAGAUUUCAAAAGCUAGUAUCAAAACAAAUUACAACGCGGUCGUUUCUUAUCUCUUGCAUGCGAUUGAGAAAGAGAAGGACCGGACAUUUAUUUCGACUCCAUACCAUCAAGAAAGUCGUUGGUUGCUUUUGGUCAUUUGGAUGAAAUCAAAAGUGGUUUAUGUAUUAGACCCACUGCCAUGUAACCGCGACCUAGAGAUUAAGGCCCCAUUGAGUGUGGCAUUUCGGUCAACAACAAAUUUGAAAGGACAAAGAGCUAAACAUUUGUUAAAAUGGUGA